GUCGAAGAACGCAUAUCUCGGGAAAAACCUUGCCGAACGUUGUUUGUGAGAAAUAUACAGUAUUCUACUAAUGUCGGCGAGAUUAAAGAAGUCUUUGACAAGUUUGGCCAUGUCAAGGAUAUCUUCAAUUUGAUCGAGAAACGAGGGAUGGCUUUUAUUACUUUUUAUGAUUUGAGAGCUGCCGAAGAUGCUAAAAAGGCUAUGCAAAAUGGCGUUUUUCAUGGUCGUCACAUUGAUGUCCAUUAUUCUCUGCCCAAAGAAGAAGAAGUAAAUAGCGCCUGUGAUCGAACAAAGAACCAGGGAACCUUGCUCGUCACACUCAAAGACAGUGAUUAUGGUCUCAGAGACGAUGAGUUGUAUUCUUAUUAUUCACAAUUUGGCGAUAUUAAGAACAUCCGCACUCCUUACUUCAAAACCGCUAAUAAGAACCGCGACCGCUUUCAACGUCUGAUUGAGUAUUACGAUUCGCGUGCGUGCGUAGAGGCUUACGAUAACACAUUGGAUCAACCGUAUAAGGGUGGUUAUUGGCAUUGCGCCUUCUUUUGGGACGCAUCUUUGAGGUAA